AUGGAUCCUCCGCGAGGAAGAGCUAGAGGCCGAGGUAGGGCCAGAGGCAGAGGUAGGGCUCCACCUGUGGAUGAUUUCUUUGAGGAGGAGGUGGUGUUGGAGGUGCCAGUGCCAGUUGCAGUAGAUGAUGCUCUUCGGGAGAAGUAUUUUCCUGAUACUGUGAGGGAGCAGUUGGAGCUUGAGUUCAUAGCUCUAGUGCAGGGCUUGAUGAGUGUCAGGGACUAUGAGGCACGUUUUUCUCAGCUGUAUCGAUUCGCGAGAGAGAUGGAUGCAGUGGCCUUGUCAUGGAAGUUUAUUCAGGGUUUGAGGCAUAAGCUCCAGAAUGUUGUGAGUUCACACCGUUUUGCUACUCUAACAGAAGCGGUAGAGAGUUCCUUUGCAGUUGAGCAGGAGGAGGCCAUGCCUGAGGCUGAGGGACUGAGAGAUGUGCAUGGGAAGGGGAAGGCCAUUGCAGGCGGCAGUGGCACUGAGGGUCACCAUGGUGCGUUUGGGAAGAGGCAGCGGACCGAUCAGCAGGGUCUAGCUACGGUGCCAGCUGCACCUAUCCAACAAGUAGAGCCCUUGAGAUGCUACCGUUACGAUGGGUUAGGACAUAUUUCUAGGGAGUGCAACAAGCGGAAAACUCAGGCUUGCUACAAUUGUGGGCAGGUGGGGCACCUUACUAAGGAGUGUACUCGACCUUAG